AGACGAUUUGAGUGAUUUUGCUCUUUCUUUUAAUGAAAUCCGUACGGAAAUUGGCCCAAUAACUGCAUAAAUGCAAAGUUUAACAUGCUGAUAGCUCAUUAGUUUGUGGAGUUAUCGGCAAAAUUGGGUUCGCGUGAGAGGAAAAUCGAAAGUAAAUUUUUGUAGGAGUGAACGGAGUCUCGUUUCGUGUUGGGAAAAUCAGCAAAGAAAAAAAAUACAAAAUGCAGUCGUCGAAGGAAAAGGAACAAACUCUCAACAAAUUCAAGAAUUUCUUCCGAAUGACUAACAAACAAGGAGGUACUCGUGACAGACAUGAAUUUUGUUUGACGCCGGAAUUGGAGAAAGAGUUGAGACCCGAAACUCCCGUAGCUCAAAGAUGCAAAACGUUAAAGGAAUUGGGCGAUGUUGUUGCAAGCAAUACAUUAAAAGAGAAUCUCGUGCCGAAACUAUGGGAUCUAACGAAAGACUUAAUUGUGCCGAAUAAGCCGGCAGAACAACGUCAAAUCGCACUUACCUUUUACUGCAAACUCAUUCAAGGUCAAUUUAAGGAUCUUGGCAUGAUGCGAGGCCAUUUUUUCCAUGUGAUACAAGAACACGAUGUGCACGAAGAUCUUCCAUUGCGUUUGGAUUUGCUGAAGGCUCUUACGUACAAUGGGAAGGAAAUUGGGCAUUUUGAGGAGAAAAUUGGGCGAUUUAUGCUUGAAUGGUUUCAUCCGAUUGUCGACGCGAAAUUGACGAGAGGCUUUUUGGAGAUGCUCAUCAACAUUAUUCGAUACAAUACGGCGUAUCUUGACAAGGAAAUUAUCAUUGGAAUAUUAAAUAACGCUUGUACACUGAGUUGCACAGUUGAUGACAACGCAACUGUUCUUCAUUGUCUCUCUGUGCUCGACACAGUCAUUCGUUAUGCGAUAUUUCCGGAUGAAGCACUCCCUUUAGUCAUUAUGGCGCUUUGUCGUACGGUGAAUUGUGAAACGUAUUGUCAAACAGCAUGGCAAAUUAUGAGAAAUUUGUUGGGAACAGAUUUAGGACAUGCUGCGCUUUUGCAAAUGUGCAACAUUUUGAAUGAACGUUCCCUACAUCCUGAUGCUCCAUUGCUGCGAGGCGCUGUUUUUCACAUAAAUAUGGGUGUUUGGGGAUCAAGCAGUUCAGCGGCAUCAACUUUACGAUGUACGCCAUCGAUGGUUUUAUUGAGUUUCUUAUACUCUUUAAAGAGUGGGCAUAUGAUUGUUACAUACGAAGUCACGUUAAGCAUUCAACGUUUAAUUCAAAAUCAAGGGAGAGAAUUGUCUGAACCAACAUGGGAUGUCAUAAUCGAUAUUUUGCUCGCCAUUGCGAAAAAUAAUGCUGAUUUAAAUUUAUCAAAGGACAAUGUCAUACAUAGGCAUUUUCAUGACACGCUUGACAUGAUUGAGGAACUAAUUGAUCAAAUUGCAGCGGAUCCAGAAAAAGUCUACGCUUUAAUUGAGCACGUAUGUCAGGAUCGCGCGGAACCCUCGAUUGUUCGUUUAAUCGAGUAUCGAGCAGCUCGUAUUCGUGCCUCAAAGCCAGAUUGGUUGUCGGAGUUAAAAGCGUUCAUUGAGCGUUUCUACAAGAAGAUGCCAAACUCGAAAAUCCGUGUUCACGCAAUUCGAGCUCUUACACAUGUUAUGGAAGUGAAUCGAGCUGCUUACGAAGAGGAAAUUCUCGAUCAUCUCAUAAUGGAGCAAUUUGGGAAUAUCGUAACCGAAAGUGAUCUUACAGUACGAAUGGCUGUUGCUGAAUUGCUCAUCGAAUUGAGUAAACAUUGCGAGACGAAACGUUGUUUGGAGCUUUUCGAGAUCAUGGGAAAAAUGAUAAAUCGUCAAUAUGACGCGGGAUAUCGCCCUGAUGAUUAUGUUUUCACGUCACGCGAUGACACGAAAGACAUUCAAGUGCUCGUUGAAGGUUUAAUUAAAGUUUUUCACAUCAAAUUGUAUCGUUUGCCAUCGCAACAUGCCUCAGCAAUUUACACGCAUCUCAUUGCAUUUUUGGAACAACAUUAUAUGCGCCCAAAACGUUAUGAGAACACAGCAACGAUUCGAUGUCUCAUCUUCAAUUGGAUGUUAAAAGCUCGAGCGAAUGCCUCGUAUCACAUUGGGUACCCAGAUGCGAAUCUAAAUGGGCAAAUUCGUUACAGUCAUUAUUUGGGAAUUGAACAUCCGAGUGCGGGAACGUUGUCGACACAAUCUUCAGUGUCUCAAAAUGAAGCAACAACUACAAAUACAUCAACAAGUUCGACGACGCUUAUUCCAAUUCGUAAAGGAUGCAAAUUAAUUGUCAAAUGUUUGGAGUUGGAAAAAGAUUGGAAUAUUCUACAAUUGGUUUUGAGCGAAUUACCGAAUAUUUUGCAGAAUCGUGCUUUGAUACAAGGCAACGAUGUAGACUUUCUGACGAGAACUCUUCAAAAAAUGUAUGUCGAUAAGCGUUUCAUUGAGACUGUCGAGAACUUUUUGCCAUCAAAACCGCCGUUAUUGUCUGAUCUUCAAAUUUUAUUGUUGCCCGCGAUUGCAAGUGCAGCAACAUAUCACGAAUACCUGGAUAAUCAAACACAAAAAAAAAUUGUCGAAGUUCUCAAAUUGGGACUUUUUACGAAGGCUGUUCGAACGUGUGUGCAUGCCUUGACUGUUUUACUUCUGGAAAUUCCAAAUAUGAUUGUUGCGAUGUUGGCUGACGUUCUGUACGAAAUGAGUAAGUUGUCGAGCACAACGCAAUCUGCGGCGCCCAUUUUAGAGUUUUUGUCAACAAUGAAUCGCCUACCUAGUCAACGAUUUGCGAAUUUCGUGCAACGUGAUUGCAUGUACGUGUUUGCCAUUGCACUUCCGUACACAAAUCCCUAUCGUUUUGAUCAUUAUGUUGUUUCGUUGGCUCAUCAUGUUGUCGCUGGUUGGUUUCUCAAGUGUCGUCUCGAACGUCGUGCGGAUUUAGUGAAGUACAUAAUUGUUGGUUUACAGUCAAAUGUUCGUUUACCGAUUCAGGAAAAGACGACACGCUACAACGUCGAAUUAGAGAACGAAGAUUCGAGUAAUCGUAAACGAAGUAGUAGUUUGACGGAACGUGGAUCAAAAAUGAACAACGACGCACAAGGGCAACCUUUGAUAGCUUUUCAUUUGGAGCUUGUAGAGACUUGUAUCGACUUCCUUGUUCGUCAUACGUAUUCUGUCUGUUCAGCAUUACCGAAACGCAUGCCAGCUGCGGAUUUCUUACUGAACGGAGGACAACACAUGACAUGGCUCGUUGGAAAUAGUUUGAUAACAAUCACAACUAGCGGAUGUUCAAUAACUCCCUUGAAAAACGGCUUAUGCGACAAAUGUCAUUCAAUUUUGCCGAAUCACACGUCAUUGAGUAAGAGUGAAAGUACAGCAAGCAGUAAUUUACCAACGUCUCCUGAAUCAAAUGCGUCGCUGAGAGAGCCUGAAUACAUUAAUACGGGACGUCGUUACACAAAAGCAAGUUUCACAUUGUCGAGCACGAACGAAUCUGAUGUUAGUACUGAUGUUACGAGUAGUUCGUCAUCCGCUUUGGCAAACAAUAACGGGCAUGAUACGAAAUUCUUUCGACAAAGUUCACAAGAAGGAAGAUUUUCAAGUUCGAGUUCGUUAGAAGCAUUAUCGCGACGCGGAAGUAACCCUGAUCAAUCUUCCGAAGGAUACGAAAGUCAAAGAAAUUCGAAGGAAGUUCAUCCGCAGUUACAAGCUCCUAUUCCAACAGCUGAACGCCCUCGUCAAGUAUGUGCUUGUUGUUGUACGGGAUGGGCAGAAGUUUGUAUUCGACGCCCAACAGGAACAAUGUCAUGGAUAAUGCGCAUUCAAAAUCAAAUUACAUACGAUUCCUUCACAAACGAGUUCCCGCUGCAAGAUUUGACGACAUUAUUCACUCCCGGUUAUGGCGGCGUGAUAAAUCCAAAUUUGCUGAAAACUGAAGUGAAUCAGAGUAAUGCAGAAAUAUCGAAAAUUUUAUCAAAAGUAAAUGAAGUACCUUCGACAAUGACAUCCGCUUCUUCUAAACCAAAAGUUUCGAUCUCCGAUGAAGUGCAUGAAAUCCGUAAAAUUGAGCGAAUGGAAGAAAUCGAGUUGGAUGACGAUCAAAUAUUCGACAACAAUGUUGCAUCAGGAGGAAAAUCGGGUCCCAUCGAUAUUCCGGGCAACACACAAAAACGUAAAAGCGCUGAAGAACCAUACGAAGGCGAAUUUGAACCAAUUGAUCCAAACAAUCCGGAAGUUGCAUUUGACGAUUACGAUUCAAAAAGUCGAAAUCCUGUGCGUCGCGUGAAUUCAAGUCCCGAAAUGAGCAGUAACUACCGAAAUCCUUUCCUUCAACACAAAGCAUCGAAAGAGGCAGCUGGUGCAAAUGCUCAAGGCGCACCAAAUACAUCAACAACUGUUUCAGAUGACUCCGAUAUAGAUGGCUUGCAGAAGAAAAAGAACUAUAGCAAAGAUAUGCGUGUCAGUUGUGAAGCGAUUCCUGAAGAAAUGGGCGGAAGUACUCCGCCAAGUCAAUCGGGAUCCAUAAAUAAGGAAGAAACGCUCGUUAGUAACAUGUCAGCUUUAGUUGUAUGCGAAAAACAAGAUGCUUCAACUACGACGAAAGGUGAUUCACAACAUCCCGUAUUGUUACAAAAGCAACAUUCAGCAGAAGCACAAAAGUCAGAAUCGAUUGAAGUGUUUCCAAACAAACAACAGUCAAUGUCACAAGCAUCACUAAAUUUGAAAAUCCCCAUGGAAAUGCAAAAAGUUACCACAAAACCUCCGCAAUCUCCUGCUCCGUUAUCGCCGAGACUCAUUGCAAAAAAUGCUGCCAACAAAUUUGCAUCAAAUUCGGGCACAGCGUCUCCUUCAUUUCCUGCUCUCGCAGGGCAUGGCCAAAGCGAUGAUCAACCACGAGGGCGUUCAAAGACAAUUAGCGUCACAAGUCGAGAGCUUUAUUCGCGAGAUGCUCGUUGGAACAACAGUAGAAAUCCAAUUUUGUCUCGAACUCGUGAUCAACAAGGUGUUUCCACUCCAAAAUCAGGCAUUUCUCCGAGUUUUGUUUUCUUGCAGUUGUAUCAUUCGGGCGUUUUGAAUACCCAAGAGAAGCCAAUUUUGUUAGAUCCAACAGCAGAUAUGUCCCUCAAUUUGUUGGAUUACAUCCCGCCCUUUGAAACACACAACAUUGGCGUUUUGUAUGUCGGUCCAGGGCAAUGCAACAAUGAAAUUGAGAUUUUCAAGAAUCGUUAUGGCAGUUUUCGUUACACGCAAUUCUUAUGCAAUUUGGGGACUUUGGUUUCGAUUCGUGAAGCAAAAGAGAAUAAUUUGUUUAUGAAUUUAGAUCCUGAUACUGAUGGAUCUUUUACGUAUAUUUGGCAAGAUGAUAUCGUGCAUGUGACAUUCCAUGUAGCGACGUUGAUGCCCAAUAAGGAACACGAUCCGAACCAUAUUGUGGAUAAGAAGAAACAUAUUGGAAAUGAUUUUGUCAUAAUUGUGUACAACGAGAGUGGCGAAGAAUUUAAUUUGAAAACUAUUCAGACUCAAUUCGGAUACGCUUGUGUCAUCGUGGAACCACUCGAACUCAAUACUAAUCGUGUCUAUAUCCGCAUCAAGGAUGAUCUCAAAGAAUUUGUAACGCCAUCAGAGACAAAAAUCGUAUCUGAUGCAGCAGUUUCCUUAUUGGCAAGACAAAUAGCUCUACAUGCGAAUCUUGCGUCGCGUGUUGCACAAUCACUCAAGUCUAAAAACGCAUCUCCCUAUGCUUCUAAUUGGCUCGAUCGUUUGCGACGCAUCAAACGAGAACGCACCAAGAUCACAAGCAAGAACAAAAAAUCCGAGCAACAGUCACAAUCAGAAAUCGCAUCUAAUGACUUCAUCGUUUACACAAAAUACCAAGAUGAUGCCAACAAAUAAGGAGAGAUAUUGAAAUUUUAAAGCUUUUGUUUUUAAUUGCAUAAAAUUAUUUUUUA